AGAGGCAGUAAGAGCUGGAAGUUAAAUCUCCUCUCACAUCCAGCACUUUUCUCUCUGCCAUUGUGGUUGGAACUUCUGCUCCAGACCACAGAGAUUCUCCUUACAAGAAUCUGUAAGGACAUUGGUGACAAAUCACUGCUUUCAGGAUACAACAUGGGGCAUAGUCACCAAGUUAAAUCCUUUUCAAGAAGAACUAGAUGCCAGGGGACUUGGCAAAGGAGACACAACAAUUUGUCUAAACAAGUCAGUUCUGGUGUGCAAUCUUCAUCCCACCAGAAGCGAGAUGGAGAUUCAGCAGUGAGAGAUGCCCGCGUGGACUCCCGAAUAAGAUACACUCCCUAUACCAUUGUACCCUAUCAUCAGAGAGACAGUUCUAAUAAACAAGACCAAACCAAUGUUAACAUCGAGAGAGAUCAAAAACCUCCAGAGGGAAGAAUGGAGGGAAACCAGCAGGAUGGGACCUUAGGGAGCUGGUUCAAGAUCACAAUUCCAUUUGGCAUAAAAUAUGAUAAGAAGUGGCUGCUGAAUUUGAUUCAGAGUCAAUGUAGUGUCCCUUUCAUCCCAGUGGAGUUUCACUAUGAAAAAAUGCAGGCCCAUUUCUUCGUUGAGAAUGCCAGCACUGCCUCUGCAUUGAAGGAUAUGUGUGGCAAGAUUUGUGACGAAAAUAACGAAAGGAUAUUCAUCUUUGUCAGCCCCUGUUGUGUGCCUCAUGCUGUGCAGAAGGAGCCAAAGUCCAAAGAGGUGGAUCAGAUAAAGCUGACCACGAAUGCACAAUAUGAUGCCUCCCAGCUGGCUCUUGACAUCCAGAGAUUCCACAUUGACUCAGAUAUUGCCAAGAACAGUAAUUUUAGGGCAGACAUGAUGACUCAUGAUGCUGACAUGACACCAAAUCUUAGAAAGUGUGUGGCUGCCUCCCUGCACAUCCAUGAGGAGAACAUGCCCAAGCCACAGAUAGAGUCUGCAGGGGAGAUGGAUAAGGGAAGAGGUCUGGAGCCAGAAGAGACGUAUGUGGACAGAAACACCCUGGACACUGCCUUCCCGGAUAAGUCCAGCAACAUAAAGUCAGUUGUACCCUCUUGUCACCACCUGGAAGACUGA